AAUAGUACACCGUCUCUCUGUUGGUCAGACGAAUAACUACGCUAAGUCUGUGGUCAAUAUGGCUGAUAUGAUCUUCAAGGAGCAGCUCAACACCCGCAUCGUGCUGGUUGCCAUGGAGACGUGGGCGGCUGACAACCGGUUCAACAUCGACGACGACCCCAUGGUGACCUUGAGGGAGUUCAUGAAGUACAGACGAGACUUCAUCAAGGAGAAGUGUGACUCCGUGCAUCUUUUCUCAGGAACCGGUUCCAUAGCAGCUGGGGAGGAGCUUCCUAUAUGGGAGGAGUCUGUUCUCUAACUAAAAGGGGAGGAGUCAACGAGGUGGCCCGCUUCAGGAUAA